UAGAAAAUGGCCGUCACCUCAUGAAAUAUCGCACUCACUCAUUGAGCGGUGAUCAUUGGUAAUCGCGAUGUGUGAGAAACACAGAUUUAGCUAAAUCGUCGAAGCUUUUGAUCGGAUUCAAUAUGGCACGACGAUAUUAUCGUGCGUCAGGAUCCAGUGUUCGUUCUGACGAACCUCUUCCACUUGACUUGAAGAAAGACCCCAAGGAGAACAUGCAGUUUGUUUUGAAAGAGAUAACUAACCGGGGUGGAAUGAGUGCUGGGAAGAAAAUGGGAUACGUAAAUCAUUUUACUAAGCUGAUCCAAACUACACCUGUUGGCUCCGACUUGGGAUUUUCUUUGGAAGAAAUAAUAAUAUGUUUGCGAGUUGCGGUUUUCAACAGAUCGAAGGAGGUCAGGGCAGCAGCUUCCAGAGCGUUGCGUUAUUUAUUUACCGAUGAAAAAUCGUUUAGCAAGAUGAUGAAGUUAAGAGUUGAUAUCUUUAUUGUGCGUUGUCUUGAUAAGCAGCAGCUAUCUGAGGUUGAACGAGUUCAGGCACUUCGUUUUGUCCGCAAGGUUGUGGCUAUUUGUCCUCAUCUUUUUCCGAUGUCAUUUGCGCACUGUCUUGUUGCGAUAGCAGCUGACAAAAGUCAAGAACACGACAGACUUGGGCGAGCUUGCCUUGCCACAAUGUGCGAAUUAGCUUUGAGUAAUGUCCAAGUGGCGUCCUACUGUGGCGGAAUAAAUACCAUCAUAUCCAGUAUUCUUGAUUCACAGGUUCAUCGAAUGAACGAAUGCCUUGUUUUGACUUUAUUGUUUCUGAUGAACAAUCCAGUAACCAGGUGUUAUGUACGACCCGAUGUAGGCUUAGAGGGCAUAUUAGCUCCCUUCACUGACCUUCAUUAUAACCAUGGAAUCGAAGUUCCCGAUUCUCAGCUCAGGGAGGAUCGUGAGUCACGAUUACAGACAAGCAAGAUGGCGAUGGCAACUGUGUUUAAAACGUGGCCAGGAAUAAUAUGUUUGUGCAAACCAGAUGGCAGUGGUCUUCAAUCUGUGCUUCAGAUAUUCUGCUUACCCGAUCCAAUUAUUAAGCGCCAUAUCAUGGAUAUUUUGAUGGACGUUUUUCGACUUCCAGUCCCUGAGUGGACUGAUGAAUUUGUAGUUGCGCUAAAAAGCAUAGAUCCACGUCAGAUGAAGAAUUCAUGGAAAUUAUCAGAAGGAUUUGUAGCCGAAGAAGCUCAUAGUUUAUUACCAUGCAGAGUAAAUGCCAGGGUGGACUUACUAAGGAAUUAUACCGCCAUAGUUCUAUCAGCGUUCGUCACUGCCGGGUUAUUCGAGAGUUUGGUACAGGUCAUCACUACGUCCGAAGAUUUUGUAUCAGUUCGAGCGACAAUUGUAUUGGGUCAGUUACUUCAUAUGGCCAACACUCUGCUUCCUCCAGAGUGCAGUAGCCAUACGCACUGUUUGCCAACGUUGAUGAAUAUUGCAACAUCAUUUCAAGUCACUAGACAAGAAAGAGGACGUGCGAGCUCUGCUGUUAAUUGUUUGGACCGACUUCAUCAAUUGAAGAAACGAACAUUGAGUCCUCACUCGCUAUUUUUGGAAUUCCUCACAAUGCAAUCCAAGUCAAGUGAAAGCAAGAGCAAGCACAAGAAACGUGAACGCGAAAAAGAAGCUCUAUUGAAAUGCAUAAAUAAGGAUAUCGACGACGAAAUGAUCAGAGAAAUUAAUAUUGGACCAGCAAAAGAUUGUCAUCCACUACAGUGGGAUUUUUUUGCUGCCAUUCUAGAGUCUCCAACAGUGAACCUUCGUAAAUUGGAAGAGACUGGGUGCAGCGGGUUUAUCAACAAUCUAUUAUAUUUCUACCAACCAAGCAGCCAGCAGUUUUGUACCGUAGAACUUAGCGAUCCUAUGGCGAAGAAGCUCUCGGAAAUUGGUCUUCUCCUGAUAGAUUUUCUUUUGGCAAAUAUCCAUGAAAGUCAACGAAUGCUAGAAGACUUCACAAAGGAAUUUUCUGAAUGUCUAGAUAAGACUUUAAAAGAUGCCACUUCUGGAACCCUUGGUGAAGAAAGUUUAAUCAAGACAACAAGUCGUUAUUACUUUGUAUUUUUUGGACGAAUGUCUUGUUCAAGUGAAGGCCACAAACUUCUAGCGACGACUGGAGUUUAUCAACAUUAUUUAGACCUCGCUUCGAUGAAGUCACGUGAUCGCCUUCUCAAGCUAAUACUCGCUAGUUUAGACUACAGACGUGCUGAAAUAAGCAGAAUUAUUUUGUCCAAGAUUCUCACCGCGUCCACAACGAAUGUUCGUCUGUAUGCUACGAAGUUUUUGCGUGCGUUAUUGAGGGCCAAAGUGGCAUUCUUUAAUAAUUGGGGAAUAGAAUUCUUGGUUACUCAGCUGUAUGAUCAUGAGAAUAGAAUUGCGAUGGAAGCGGCGGAUGUUUUGGAAGAGGCUUGCGAAGAUGAGGCUAAUCUUCAAUACUUGGUUCAACUUCGUCCGGCUUUACUUCAUCUUGGGGAGAAAGGCUGGAGGCUUCUAACAAGAUUUUUAUCUGUGGAUAAAGGGUUCACAUAUUUGAGUGGACUUGGAUAUGUUGAUCCACUAAUGGAACAAUGGCAUCAGAAAUAUUCUUCUGAAUACGUGAAAUGGGUGGAAGAAGCUUUAGCAGAGGCCUUAACAACAUAUCAGAAGCCAACCGAUGAAGAUGGUGGUUAUGUGAGACAGUCAUCCUUUAAGGACGUCAAGCGUCAUGUCUACGUGCCGACGCAUUUCUUUGGCGAGAUUGUAAAGUUGAAAAGUGGAUAUGAACAUCUUCUGCAAACCGGUUAUGUUGGUCAGUUUGUGCAUACAAUACAAAUGUUCGACGCAGACAAUGCUGCAGACAUUCACAAAGUCAAAACAGCGCUGUGGGCAUUGGGUCAUAUUGGCACAUCAAGCUGGGGUUUGAGUAUUUUGAUUGACGAGGAUAUUAUACCUCAUAUUGUUCAAAUGGCAAACUUUUGUGAUGUGCUAACUCUCCGAGGAACGUGUUUUUAUGUGUUGGGAUUGAUUGCCACGACCCGUCAAGGCGCCGACAUUCUUAAAGAUCUGAACUGGGAAAGCGUUCGUCAUAAAGGAGAGGACUCGUGGCCUGUUGUUGAGGUUACAGAGGAAGCACUACCUUAUUCCAAGUGGUUUGUCUCAUCCCUCUCUGCUGCUACAGAUUACUACCGACAGAGCGUGGACGAGAGUCUCAAGCACAGAAGAUCCGAGAGUGAGACAGAGGACGCUCAAAAGUCUUUGUACGACGCAGCGAGCGGUGUGUAUCUCGGUACCGAGCAGCAACUCAGUAAUGUUUAUGAUAAAAGCAGCGGUAUUUACCUCGGAGAGGAGGCGCCUAAGGUGCCAAAACAUGACGAAGGGACCGGCAGUGGUAUCUUGCUUAGCAUGCUCGAGGAAAGAAAACAAGCAAUGUACUUUAGCGGGGAUCACAACGACGGAAGCAGCAUGUCUUUGUCGGAGGAAAAAUCAACCGGUUCUAACGAGGAAGUCGAGCCAAAGGCCGAGACACCUUCGUUACUCGAGAGGAUAAAGAAAGCGUCGAUUCCGGAACAUCUUAUGCCACCCCCUGCAGAAACCGCGGCUGCGAAGAAAGGCGGUGUCGACGAUGACAGCAGCCGGGGGGGAAAGAAACGACCAUCGUCUCGAAAGGAGAAUAGUCCGGCGAUGUUAGCACGGAGUGAGUCGUAUCCGCGCAGCGCUUCAAAUGCAUCCAGAUAUUCCGCCGACAGUGACGGCAGUCUUGGAUUGCACGGCAACCAAAUGAAGACGAUCAACCUCGGCCCAUACGAGAGUUCCUUGGGAGAAAAUUCGUUGAUUAGUAGAAUCCUUAAGAGUACAAGUUCUUCACAAACAAGGGAAGGAAAAGUAGAACCCGAAGAGACAAACGUUAGUCCGCUGAGUAGCACGCCACGAUCACGCGUUAUGACCGAUGGUGGCGACGAAGUGCGUCACGUGCGCAGCUCCAGCGGUGUGAGCGAAUCAAGUUAUCGUUCACUUUCGUCCAUGGAGACCUCGCAAAGUUUUGGAAGCUAUAAGAGUCAGACAAGCCUCGACGACAACCUCCCGUUACAAUUAGACCUGGAAAAAACAUACGAGAAGACGAUACGGAAAAGACAAUCAGAGCUAAACCGCACGCGUAGCUCCAGUUUAAACGAAAAGGGAAGUGUAGUAGAUCCCCGGCUGGCCAUCACGGCUGAUGCCCGUAGCGCAAGCUUUUCUGGCACAACCGAAGGCACCGGGCACUUUCCCGCACGCGCAAAUCGUCAAAUGUUUCGAAGUGAUUACUCCAUCAACUCUCCAGGUAACGAACAACGAGCUUUGAUAACUGGCAGCAAUACCGAGGUGAUGUUACUGGACAACAAAACGUUGGUCCUGAAAAGCCUUGCAAAGACUGAUGAGAAUGACGCUUUCGAUGGGUCGUAUUUAGACCAGAUGAGUGUUAGCGAUGGCUUGAGUGACAUGGCAUCCUUAGUGAGCCGCAACGAUCACGUGAGAGACAUUGGAACAUCGGUCGACGAAUUGGGCAAGAAAUUCCCGCGGAAAGCGUAUUCGCGGAGCGCGAGCUCGGCGAGUUCAAGUUACACUCCGCGUGGAAGACGCCUCAAGAAAAGCGUGACGUCGCUGUCCAUAUGGAGUCUUCAGUCCGUUCCAAUGAGCCCAACGUCACCGGCGGACGUCGAAAUCGGGGAUAUGAUGCCAGUCUAUACAUCGUUUCGCGAUGCACACGGUUACUCGGCUUUGAGUAAUUUACGGAGACAACGAAGUAUCAACAGAGAUAUUGAAUCGCGAAUCGGUGGAUUUAAUCAAUCGUUCGCCAUCGUUGGACCACCAAUCCCAGAAUCCCGUCCACUGUCCUUAGACCUGGCUGAAAGUCACACAUCGGGAUCAUCUGCCCUACCGACCCCCUCCCCUCUGGAGCAUCAAUAUGGCAGAAAAGUGAAGACCGCGAGUUCCGCCAGAGGAAACGAGUUUUUGGGAUUGACAUUGCCCUGUGAACUAACCGACUUCUUCAUGGUUGCCGAAUCUCAGUUCAAAGGAUCGUGGGCUGCGAAUUUUAAUGGUAUUUCCACAAGUAUACCGCAGGAAUCAACGAUUCCGGAGUCUGAAGCGACAGACAUUCUAAAAGGAAAAGCAUCGCAUGAUGUCACGCAUUGUCUGUCGUGUAUGGACAUAUCCAAUGUCACCGGUCUACAUCACGUUGUCCGGCAAGCAUCAAUAGAGUCAAAUGAAGCCGGCUCGGCCGGUAAGACUGACUGCCCUGAUAAAAUUGUGACUUUGCCCAACGGACCCACAAAUAGCGAGACUCCGUCUUCUGGAAGCGUUCUGGAAAAAUUCCUCAAGGGCAAACGAGGUGAAGCGAUCACUUCAAAGGAACGAAGUUUGAUUAAGCGAGAAAUCUUGAGACUGGUUGUGAAUUUGAGCAGUGCUGUGACAUCCAAGUCACAUCAACAGUCUCUUCGAAGUUGGAAAGAAAACGUGCCACAGAUGUUUGAAGAUCUUUGUUUAUACAGUCAGGUGAUUGAACAAAUGAGUUUGUAUAAUUACAAGUUGACCAUGCGAAGAUUUAUCCAAUCCUUUUUUGAGCCAGUGAAAUUUACUCAGCUGUUGGACCAAGCAGAUGCAAUAAUUAAGAAACACAGCAGUUAGAUAAAAUUGAAAACAAUUCAGCUAGGCUGUUUAAAAUAAACUGCGUUUUGCCGCUUAUCAUAUGUAUAUUUCGUUCA